UCUAAGAUUUUCUUAUUUAUUGGGGAGUGAAUUUGGAGUCAUUUGUAUAUGAGUUGAUGGAAUAAAACAAACUUCAUAUUAAUCGUGUUUUAAGUGCCACUUUAGACCUUACUCAAUAUUUGCAGAUAGAGCUGCAACGAUUAUAGAGGAGAUAGUUUACAUAAUUUACGCAUGAAGAUAAGAUAGCAAAACUAAAAAUAUAAAGAAUAAGGUGAAAAUGUAACAGUUGUAAUAAUUAAGGAAAUAUAUAUUAGAACUGUGAUAACUAGUGAAGAAUUACGAUUAGUUCGUGAGGACUUACAUCAUCAGCACCGAAUUAUCAUCGCCACUUAGCCCUGCAUCAGUCAACCUGCAAGUUUUCAACCACCAAAAUGUCCGUCGGAGGAACCUUCCAGCAUGUCAAGAACGAAAACUUCGUGGAAUAUCUCACGGCCCUCGGCGUUCCCGAAGAUAAAGCCAAACUAGCCGACUCAUUCAAGCCCAAGCUUCAAGUGGUGGUUGAUGGGAAGAAAGUUUCAGUGAACAGCGACUCUGGAGUCGAGAACUCUUCUUCGACUUUCACAUUGGGCGAAGAAGUAGACGAACCGCUGCCGAAUAACAUCACCCUCAAAAGCACGGCCAAAAUUGACGGGAGCACCUUGACUGUCACGUCGAAGUCGCCUAAGGGAAAAUCUGGCUCUAGGGUCUUUAAAUUUUCUGAUAGUGAACUCGUUGUGACGCUGAGCGAGGACGGAGGAAGUGUUGUGGCCAAGAGGUUUUACAAGAGGGUCUAGGAUUUUUUUAUUUAUGUGGAGUAAUGAAUUAAAAGUCAUUUGUAUAUGAACUGAUGGAAUAAAACGAAGUUAAUAUUUAA